AUGGCAAAGAUCAACUUAAUGCUUGAACCUAAUCCUGAAGGAACCUUCUUCUACUAUCCUGGGCAUUUAUUGAAAGGAACUGUGGAACUAGUUCUGGAUGAAACAAAAAAGUUCAGAGGCUUUUACAUCCAAGUUUUUGGACAAGCGAAAUGUCAAUGGACGCAAGGAAGUGGAAAAUCUAAAACAACUUAUACUGGAACUGAGGUAUAUGUGAACUCAAGAACUUAUCUUUUUGGUGAAUAUGGCGGACCAACAUUUGAAAUGAAAACCGGAAGUCACAAAUACAAGUUUGCAUGUCAACUCCCACAUCAGCUUCCUUAUACUUUAGAUGUAACUAAUGGAAAAAUUACUUAUCGUGUCGAAGCUGUACUGGAUAUUCCAUGGAAAAUUGAUAAAGAAACUAAGGUUGAUAUUAUGAUUCAUCGGUAUGAUGACUUGAAUCUAUAUCCAGAACUGGCUAAUCCAAUGAGACGAGCUGAAAGGAAAACUUUCAUUACUUUAUUUUCUGAAUCCAAGCCUUUACUUAUGACAGUCGGAAUACCAUAUAGAGGAUUCGCUGCUAACCAAUAUGCUCCUGUAUCCAUCAGUUAUGAAAACGAGAGUAGCGUCGAUAUCUCUAUGACAAAAAUCAAACUUAUUCAAACUAUUGUCUACACCAGUCCACAACAAUCAAGAUCAAAAGAAAAUGAGACGGUAGUGAUAGAAGCAAUAACGGAAGGAGUUUCAGCAGGAAGCUCAAAGACUAUACAAGCUGGAUUAAAUAUUCCAAGAGUCGUUAACUCGAAUGACAAGUUUUGUCAGGUUAUAACUGUUACUUAUUCUAUUGAAGUUGAAGCAGAAUCUACUGGAUUACAUACAAAUCAUAAGAUCAGACUUCCUAUCACAAUCGGAACUGUGCCUUUGACAUUUAAUAAUCAGUAUGAAUCAGCUCAGAUGGCUCAACCAUCAGCGCCUGUUGCAGAGCCAUUUAAUUAUGAGAAACCGCCUUCCUAUGGGGAGACUAUGAAAAUGGCAUUAUAA